AUGGAUAGCAACAGAAACCAUAACAUGGAUAUAACUAUGGAUAACAAUACCUUCCAGUACUUCGCUUAUGGCAGCAAUAUGUUGACUGAGAGAAUCCACAUAAAUAACCCAACGGCAAAGUUCUAUGGGAUAGGAAAGUUGUAUGGAUACAGACUGACCUUUGAUGUGCCUGUUGGGAUUCCGGUAAGCAACUGGCAUGGAGCAUCGGGCACCAUCCGGUCAGCUGGACCCAAGGAGUAUGUGUAUGGGGUGAUUUGGAGCAUCAAGACCGAAGACCUCGCCUACUUAGACAGCCAAGAGGCACACUACAUGCCGAUACAAGUGGAUAUAGAGCUUGAUGGUGGAAAAAGUGUCUCAUGUCGCUCCUAUGAGAUGCAUAAUGAAACUUCUAGAAUACCAUUGCCCAGUCCCCACUACAAACGGGAGUACAUCCAACAGCUUGAAAGGUUCCCAGACAACGGACUGGCCGUGGUUCCUCCAAACUAUCUACGAGUGAUGGAAGUCGUUGCUAAGUAUAAAGUUGGAAAGGAGAAAAGUGGACAGAUAACUCCGCUUGACUAUAACAUAGAACGAGAGUUAAUGACUCUUGUUAGAGCUUGA